CUUCACGACCGACCGCGGCAAACAGUACUCUGGAGGAGAGGCUUGCUGCCCCUUUAAGUAACAAACGAUUAUAAGUAAACAACUUCAAUGUGGAUUUAUCGGAAUUUUGCAGGAACAUUUACCGUGAAUGUGAAGAUAAAUGCAGCUUAAUUCUGUGGAAUGGGGUAAUUUCUGGGUAGAGCACGAGAGGGUUACUUGCUAGCUGACUGGUUAGCAUCGUUCUCGCUAACUAAACAUGGUGGCCAGUGAACGAAAAGGGCUCUAAAAUAUUUAAGAAAAGCUUAUUGCUGAAUGGUGAGACAUUGUUGUAAUAUUUCUACACAUACAAAAAACAUUGGGUGGAUUUGCAGACUUCAAAUGCACUUUUCGGUUAAUCUGAAUAUCCAGAAAGGAGUCAAGCUGUCCCAACACAAUUAACAUGCCUUGGACCAUGGACAACCCGCUUGAAAAGUUAUUCGUUAUGUUCUAGAAUGUAUUAUACAUAAUUAGACGAACACAAACAUUGAACAACGAUGACUUCAAUUGCACAUAAGGGAUUUAUCUCGUGAAACACCACUCUCUCAAUUCCAAUGUGACUGGUUGUAACAUUGUUACUGAGUUGAGCUAAACGGCUACAAAAUAACCUUUAUUCUGCAGAGAAAUCAUUUGCGCAUCUGUGCUGGAAAUAUUGUUUCAUUAAGGAAAUUGUAUCAGAUUGCUUUGUUAAGAAAACAACAACUGUUUGGCAAACAUUUCUACUCGUACUCUGAGAACAUGUACUGCGAGACGUUAUGGAUUAUCACAUAAUCCAACACGCACACAAACCAGAAUUUGUGAAUUGGAACCGAGUGAUGAUUUUAAGAUACUCCACACAACAAGACAUUGUUUACCUUCGAUAGAAUUUAGAGGACUUGCAGAGAAAAUUACAUGGAGACUCGUCUGACAUGCCAAGGAAGGAGCUACCACUACCAGAGGGUUGGGAAGAAGCCCGGGAUUUUGACGGGAAAGUCUACUAUAUCGACCACAUCAAACACGCUACUAGUUGGAUUGAUCCAAGAGACAGGCAGACUAAACCUCUGACAUUUGCUGAUUGCAUUGGAGAUGAACUGCCAGUGGGUUGGGAGGAGGCCUACGACCCCAAUGUCGGGGCCUACUAUGUGGACCAUAACACAAAGAGCACUCAGCUGGAGGACCCACGGGCCCAGUGGCAGCGGGAGCAGAAGGUCAUGCUGCGGGAGUACCUGGAUGUGGCCAAGGACGCGCUGAGUGCCCAGAAGGAGAUCUACCAGGUGAAGGAGCAGCGCCUGCGCCUGGCCCAGCAGGAAUACCUCCAGCUCAACAACACCUGGAGGGACAAGUCCACCUCCCAGACCAGCUUGAAUUCCAGAUCAUCCUCCAGCAGUAAAUAUGACCCAGAAGUCCUCAAAGCCGAGAUAGUCACUUCCAAAAGUAGGGUGAAUAAGCUGAAGAGGGACCUAGCCUGCAUGAAACAAGAGUUGCAGUACAAAGAGCAGGGCUUUGAAACGCUGAAAGAGAUCGACCACAAGGUGUCCAGCGCACCUUACGGUGUCAAUCUUCACGAGGCGCAGGCCAUCCUGAAUGAGGUGAAGUCCAUCCGGGAUGCCAUCAGCUCCGGGGAGAAGGAGAAACAGGAGCUCAUGCAGAAACUAGCAGUGCUUAAGGAUGGCUUCCAGCUGGACUCAGUGGGUUCUCAGUCUGACCUGUGGGGCAGCAGCCCCUCCCUGGCCAACUCUGAGCUGUUCAUCCCUCGCCUCUACUCCGAAGCCGGAUCCCAGACCAACAUACCUGCUGAGUUUGUGACAAACACCAACAACUUGGCAGAGAAGGUGCGACUGAGCCUGAAGUAUGAAGAAGCAAAUAGAAGGAUUGCCACUAUCGAGGUGCAGAUAGCCAAGCUGGACAGUGAGGCGUGGCCGGGGCUGCUGGACCCAGAGCGAGACCGCCUCAUCCUCAUCAACGAGAAGGAGGAGCUACUCAAGGAGCUGCAGUACAUCAAGCCCUGCAAGAAAGCGCCCAAUGACCAGGAGAAGAUAGAGACAGAGAAGAAGAGGCUUGAGAGAGACCUGCAGGCUGCCAGGGACAACCAGAGCAAGGCUCUGACCGAGAGAUUGAGGUUGCACUGUAAGAGGAACAAGCUGGUGAGAGAGCUGGAGGAGAUGGUUCGCCUGGCAUCAUCACUACACACUCAGCUCAAGAGUCUUUCGGCCAGCACACUGUCGUGUUCAUCAGGCAGCAGCCAUGGCUCUCUGACCUCCAGCCGUGGUUCUUUAGCCACCACGUCCUCCCUGGGCUCCACCUCCUCCCUGAGCUUCACAGAUAUCUACCUGGAGCAGCCUGAGCUGGGAGACCCUGACUUCCAGAACAAACUGGACUCCCUACUGCAGGAGGGUGGCCCGGGGGUCAGCUACCGGCCCUCCAGCUCCAUCACCACCAUCCACGAACAUGAGGUGGUCCCCGGAAAAGUGUCCGGAGAGAGAGCGGGCGAUAAGGGGGGUAUUGUCGGUGGGGGAGCAGAGGCCAGAACCAGGCUACAGGCGCUGAGACUAUCAGAGACACCGAGGUCGAUGAGUUCACUGUCACCGAGGUCUUCGCUGUCGUCGCUCUCACCGCCCUGCUCGCCACUGGUCACAGACUCCAUAUUCCUCUCUGGUGAGAGGUUUAUGGGGCCGGGGGGCCCUGGUGGGGGGCUGGACAUGGAGCUGCAUAGCAGGCUGACAGAGCUAGGGCUGGGGCUAGACAGGGAGGAGCAGCAGCACCGUGGAGGGGUGGAGCAGGAUGCCACUAUCAUAGCUGGAGAGAUGUUUAAAGAUGCCAUAGUGCAGGUCAGAGGUACGGCAGGGGCGGGGCCUAGGAAGAUGGGCGUGACGUCAGCAGUGUCUGAUGAGUCGGUGGCGGGUGACAGCGGGGUGUACGAGCCCUCAGAGAGGAGGUCAGUCCUCCCUGCAGAGCUGCUGCUGGGCUGUGAGGAGAGGGGAGGACCACUAGGCUGUGCCCAGGUCAGGCUGGGCCUGAAGUACGAGGUGAAAGACGAGCGCUUCACUGUGUUCGUCAUGCAGCUCUCCAACUGCAGCGCCCUCGCCCUGCCACCAGACCACAAAAUAUACAUCCGUGUGGUGGUGCUCCCGUGCUCAGAGCCCACCUGCUGCCUCUUCCGGACGCGCGGCUCUCUCCCACAGGACACCGUGGAGGUCAGCGAAGUCUUCGGUGUCCAGAUGGCCCACAAUGCCCUGCGGCAGAAGACCCUGAGGGUGGACAUCUGCCACACCAGGCCGUCUGGCCGCGAGGAGUGUCUUGCUGGUGCUCAGAUAAGCCUGGCUGAUGUCAACACCUCUGGGGAGAGAUGUGUCAAGUGCUACAACCUCCUCAGCUACUCCUUCAUGCCACAGAUCAAUAGCAAGGACAAAAAGACCGGGACGACUACACAGUCUGAAAGGAGCUCUGUCCCCACCACAGAGAGAGUAGCAGGCAGUCUGGAGGGUGCAUCAGAGGAGGAUGAAUGUGUUUCAACCCUCUACAGGCACAGUGAAGAGCUGGAAGGAGAAGGGUUUGAAGACGAGGAAGACAACAACACAGAGGGUGCGGGGCCUCUAGAGGAAGAGGAGGGGCUAUAUCCUGACAGUAGCCAAUGGGAGGGAGAGGAGGUGACAACCAAACCGACUCAAACAGGAACCAUGGCGGAGAGGGUGAACAAGGAGACCAGUACCGGCCACCACCACCACCAUGCCUCCUCCUGGGUGGUCCGGCCCAAGGAGCGUCGGCCCCACGAUGUGCCCCAGCAGAAUCCCUUCAUCCGGGGCAACGCCAUCAUCCGCUCCAAGACCUUUUCCCCUGGGCCCCAGAGCCAGUACAUCUGCCGGAUCAACCGCAGUGACAGCGACAGCUCCACUCUGUCGAAGAAGUCUCAGUUCGUCAGGAACGCAUCAGAGAGACGCAGCAUGCGCAUGAAGAAGCCGCCGGUGCGGGGCCUGGACGGGCUGUUGCGGACCAGUUUGGACCUGGAGCUGGACCUGCAGGUGUCCAGGACUUGCCACACGCGACUGGCCCAGGAGCUGCGGGUCCUCAGGGAGCUCAAGGAGCAGCUGGAGAGGGCCCGGCAGCAGGGCACCAGAGACCUCCCCACCUGGGUGCAGGACGACGAGCGCUUCCGUCUGCUGCUCAGACAGGCCGAGAAACAGACCCGUGAGGAGCAGCUGCAGGAGCAGAGGGUGGAGAAGAUGAUGCGUGCUGCGGCCAAGGACGUCCACAAGAUCCGAGGCCAGAGCAGGAAAGAGGUGCCCGAGGUCCAGUCCUUCAGAGAGAAGAUGGCCUUCUUCACUCGAGCAAAGACCAACAUCCCUGAUCUGCCUGUCGACGAUGUGUAGCGCAUUUAAAGUAUUCCACAGUCUUAACUGCUGUUUCCAAGGAGAUGACUCUGACGCAGACUUCUGGUGGUAUUAUGAAGAAUGGAGAAUAAUAAAAUAAUCAUGUAUAGGAAAAAAUACCAUCACAUCUUUUUAGAUCUCAAAGUUGCUAAUCUGUAUAGUUUUUUUAUUAGCAACUAGAGCAUUGUUUUAUUUUCGUCCUCCACUCUCUCUCUAGCAUUAUUGUUACUGUUACCAAUAAGUGGUUGUUGGAAGCGACCUUUAGAUGUUUUAUGGUAAAAUCGUCAUUCCAAUACACACCAGCCCUUUCUGUGUGAAAUUUGAAAAGAUUGUGAAGAGAAAUGCUGUUCUGUUCAUUAGCCAGGACCACUUACUCGCUGUAAUCUAAGAUGUGAAAAUAGACCCCCAGAGGUACUUUACUUGAACAUUAUUUAUAGUGCAACAAAUCUACAAAAUCAAUAUUCUGAUUGUAUGAUGGUGUACUAUGACCGAAUGUGUGGUUGGUUGUACAGUAUACUGAAACUGUCUGUCUGUCCCUAGUGGCAUUGUCUUUUCCUAUUUCUGAACACACUACUGUAUAUGGCAUCAGUGUCUGUAGUACCAGUCAGACCAUCUAUACUGUACUUUACUGUACAUGGCUCUUGUAGUAACUAUCUCUCAGCAUUGUGUAGGAACUGCACUAACUCUCACGUAUACUCAGGUAGUUUAUCGGAUAGUUUGUGCACUUUUAAAAUAGGAAUCUAAAAAAGAGGAUGGAGGCGUUGAAGAAGUGGGAGGAGUACUCCACUUCAGGCUGGAGUGAUUGUUGAAUCACCGCUUAACGAAGCACAUGAUUGUGAAAGACAAAAGAAGUGGAGAAGAUAACUCUUGUAUUUUAAUGAAGAUAAUUGCUGGCGAUAAACUCCCCAUUGACUGCAUGAUUUAAAACGGUAGUGAAGUGAUCCAAAAACUGCGAACUCCCAAGUAUAUCUUAGCUUAAAGUCUGAUCAUUUUUCCCACUCUCAUCCCUUUUACCCCCCUCCCUUAAAUUCCUUGUAACUGGACAUUUACAUUUACAUUAUUUAGCAGACGCUCUUAUCCAGAGCGACUGAUGGGGGGGGGUAGAAGGAUUAC